GACAUUCAGCGGGUCACAAAGUUCAUUAGUAUGUUCACGUAUUUAUAUGUAGCUAAAACAAGUAACAUGGGUAGGUUCGCCUAUUUUUAAAACAGUGCAUUUCAGCGUGCUCUAAGUAAAAAGCGUAGCUGAGCUUCAGGAACCGCCCUAAAGCCGGUGUUGUAACGUGAUCCACGCGGCUGUGAAUCUUGUGCUCGCUCAUUCUCACUGCAGACUGGCACGCAGCCUUUUCCGUUCUAAGUGAGAACCUACGGCUCUUAAAAUCCCCGUUAGGCCCCAAGGACAAACAGUCACAAAUACAUCAUCUACUGCCAAUAUUUAAUAUUGCUGUAAUUUAGGUGCCAUUUCGGACUUUUAACAUGGGGAAGAAGCUCUCGACAUGGACGCUUCUAGCGGUCUUUUCUCUGCUGAUAGUGAAAGGCAUAAGUCAGGAUCUGAACUUGGCAGAUGCAUUUGAUGCUGACUUACCAUCUACCCCACCACCUAAAGUGGACCCAGCAGGUGGUACAGGAGGAGCAGUGAAACCCACUCCUAAACCUGUUAAGCCUACAGUCAAGGAACCAGCAAAGCCCAAACAAACAGAAGAGACAUACACUGAUUUAUUUGACGCCACCAUUCGGCCAGGCCUGUUGCCCCGAACAACCCAUAAUCCUCUCCGAACCUCUGUUGCUCCUCAGAAAGACCAGUCUGGAGUGGAGGACUUUGAUCUUAAAGAUGCCCUGGAUCCCAACAAUGACAUAAAAGGACAUGGCAAAGACUCUGGCAAAGGCGAUAAAGACUUCGGAGGAGGGGGCCGUGAUGACGGCAAACCCAAUAGCAGAGGUGGUAGUCAAUUCACAGACGAUGACCUUGUGGAUUUGGGCAAUGAUAACUCCUACAAACCCGACAAAGGCAAAGGUGGAAAAGGUGCCAGUAGUGGGGGUGAUUUGGAUCCUGCUGAUGACAGUAACUAUGACACCAUGGCCGAGACUGGAACCAUCGCUGGUAUUGUGAGCGCUGUUGGCAUGGCUCUGGUUGGUGCAGUGAGCGGCUACAUCUCCUACCAGAAGAAGAAGUUGUGCUUCAGCAUACAGCAGAGUCUGAAUGCAGAUAUGGUGAAGGCAGAUGCCCCAGAUGCUGUAGUCGCACAGGAGCCACAAGUUCAACAAACUCUUCUCCAGCCUCCCAACGCUGAGCCGCCGACAGAGGAAAAUGCUGUGUAAUCUGAAAAGCAUCGUCCAAACUGAAGAGGGCGCAGUUCUAAAUCAUUGUUCUCCUAUUUGAAUGCCACUGUAUUUCCCAGGACAUUUGCACCUCGAAACCCUUUUUUAAGUACCAAUGUGACUGUUGAAUCAACCUUAAACAUAGUGUAAUAUCUUUUAAUUUAUUAUAUUCCAACUGUGCAACAAUGCUAGUAAGUCUGUUUGCAAUAAUAUCGCUAUGAAAUGGAAUACACUUAAAAAUGAAUUUUAGAUCUGCCGUGACCUGAGGAAUCACACUUGGGUCUUUUCAUGGAGCCCAUACAAAAAGUCCCACACAUUCUGCACUACAGUCUUUCUGUUUGUCAAAUUAGCUCAUCAUUCCUUUUGUGCACAAAUGCAUAUUAAACAAUGAGACAACUGAUUAAUCCAAGGUUUACAAAAACAGCUGAUUGGAUGAUCACAGAAAUAUGCUUUUAUAGGUCAAGAAUGUGUUCCUCUAACGUUUUAACAGCAAGACAGGCUUAACAGAUCAGUUGUUGAUUCUGCUAGAUGAUGAAGGAUUUGUGAAGGAUUCUUUGUUUGUUUAUGAUCUGUAUAUAUUUGCCUUGCUUUCACAGAGCAAUGUGAAAAGAUUGUUACACAUAUAUGCAGGUUUUUGUGUCUUAGCUAACUUUUUACUAGAGUGAAUUUUUGAGAGAAAAAAAAUUGACGAACAACUAACCGACAGCUGCUUCCUUCUAAUUUGCUUUUUUAAAAGAUGACUAAAAUGGGUAUAACUGUGAAGUGUGUUGACGUGUGUUGAUGAAGAAACCGCUUUUGUGUGUGUUAGUUGGAUGUCGGUGGUUGCGAUUCCUUUCCUGAGGAAUAGACGAUUUCGACGUGAUCAGAAAGUCUAGAUACAUUAGCGUGAAGUAACUUGUGGGUGAAAGUAACCAAAAAGUUGUGUUUUCAUGUUAGCGCAAUACUUAAGCAGUGUAGUAAACUCUCGUAACGCUAAUUCUGAUCGAUUCGCCUUUUCCGGGAUUUUAAGGGAUUAAUGUGCUUGUAAAUCGCGUACCGUUUCCAAGUUUGUACUCAAACCGUUGUAUCAGUGUAUCUCUAUUUACACUUGUAGCAGUAAAUGUACAUAAAUGUUUGUGCCCCCCACUCGUUUUGAAUUAUGGGGAGUAGUUUUUCGCCCUAGCUUAGUGUUUGUAUCGUUUGUAGCAUGUUUGAGCUUUAGCUUUGAGACUUUUAGAGACCUGUUGCACCCUUCCUAGUUUUGCUAUUGCCUUAAUGAGUCCCUAGCUGCUUUCCCGUUUUGCUAAUUUUCCCACUCUAUUUGGGUCUGGCGUUGGUGCCACAGAGCUUGACAAGGCCCUUAAUUUCUUCUCAUUUGGAAGGCCACCAUCUGGAACUAGCAAGCAGAGUUAGCAAAACUGGAUUGGAAAGCAGCAGCUCAGUCCUUACCAUCUUCUCCCCUACUUGAGAUCCUCCAGAUUUUCUUGUAGUUGUUGUUCGUCACUGUGAAUUCAGGUGCACCUUUGUUACUUUCAACCUAAGCCCUCGCCAAUGGUGCUUUCCUUCCCAAUGCCUUACCACACUAACAUUAGGGAAGACACGCUAGCUUACUACCACAGCACUAGUUAGAAGGGCUGCCUCACUUGAAUGUCUACAAACCAGACGUACCAGGUUAAGUACGUUGUUCUAGUUUAAAGGUGUUGUCACAUUCACUGAGCUCUGAAUCAAGGUCCUAGUAAUUGUCUAUUCCUAGUAAAAUGACUGGAAAUUUUGCCAAACAAUGGUAAAUGUGACCGCACCUUAACACUCUUGCAGUUUGAACACUUCUGAAAUAUUGUUAACUCACAUGCCCAAGAUAAAGUAGAUUCACAAGUCUUGCAAAUGGUAAUGAUGUCAGAAACUAGGCGCAGAAUGUUCCCUGGUGCUUUACGGCACAUUCUAAUAAGGCUUUUGUACAGUAUCCAGGGUGAAAGCGAACAAACUGAAUUUUAGCUGAAUGUAGCUCUUUUUACUGCUUUGGCUACCAGAACAAUGUAGCUUUUUUGGUGCUACACUUGUCAGAAACGAAGAACACCAAAGAUGAAAUGUGAUGGUUUUGCCUUUUUGCAUGCUCUUUGACUUUGGUGUGAGUAUUGUGAUCCAGCGGAAUGAAUUUGAAACAGCUGAGUAAAAUACACAGGCAAAUGUGGAAAUUCACAAGUGUCUUGAAUAUGUUCGACAGCAUUAUCAUCUGUUUGUUGAACUGCUUUCAGAUUUGUUGCUUGGACACAUUGUUGAACUGACUGUUAAAAACUCCUUAAUUCUUUCAAUUGACCAUCUACAUUUGGGUUCUAGUAGUUCAUAUGGUGGAUGUUUAGUUUGUAAGGAUCUCUGGGCUCUCUGGUGUCGUUUGGCCAGUAUAGUUGCAAUUUUGUCAAAACAAGGGUGUAUGUGCUGACCUGUACAGAUAUGCAUGUUUUGGAUUCUAGCUGUAGAUAUUAAAGGUCUUUUUCUUGUG